UUAGCGGCCAAUGUUAAAAUUAGUGCUACCGCUAAUUGCUAGCACGUCAGCGCUAGCAAUUAGUAUUGCUAGCACAUCAGACCCCCGGCAACAAAACUCAUCAGUCUCAAAAUUUCUGCGGGAUUUUUCUAGUACUGAAUUUUCUGAGCAGUGUCAGUAAUAAUGUAUGGGGGCGACGGGGCCAGAGUCACGCACACUCAAAAUUUCUUUCGAAAUUUUUCAAGUUGUAGAAUACAAACUUUAUUCAGGGUUCGUACGGUCAUGAAAAACCUGGAAAAGUUUUGGAAUUUUAAAAUUAAAUUUCCAGGCCCUGGAAAAGUUAUGGAAAAAGUAUUUUGCCCGAAAGUUUUGGAAAAGUCAUGGAAAUUAAUUUAAUGUUUCGCCGAUUAUCUGAUUUAAUGUGCCCGGUAACGAAAUGUUAACUAAAUUGCCACGAGUUGACUUUUAAAUGUCUCAAAUGCAGUCCGCAUAUGCCCGUUGACUGCCAAACCCUGUGUUGCCAGAUUGGGUAGUUUCCCUAGUUUCCGCCAGGCGGAUCUUGAACAUUUUGAGGGCUGGAAAUCUUCAGUAAUAUCUGGCAACCCUGCUCGGCGCGCUAGUGCUGCAACGGCUGGAUGAUGGCGUGACAUGAUUUAGUAUGCCGGGAAAGUGUAGCUUUAAUAGUGCGUGGCUUUCAAAAGAAAGCUACCAACAGUGGCUGGCAAGGGAUGGCGACCAAGGACGUGCCCGGUGCAAGUUUUGCAUGAAAAGUUUUGAUGUGUCUAAUAUGGGCGAGGCAGCACUUGUUAGCCACCUAAAAGGCAAGAAACACCAGGUGCUAGCCUCAGCUACGAACAGAUUAGCAAUAACUGACUUCAUGACCACGGUCACAACAGAGAGGCCAUCUACCAGUAGCGUCGUCUUGUCAGCAGCAACAAAGCAAUCGACAAUCAGUUCUGAUUCAAAAAACGAAGUCCUGAAAGCUGAAAUAUUGUGGGCGCUGAAAGUAAUGAAUUCACACUACUCGUUUAAAUCGUCCGAAGACACAAGCAAGCUUUUCGGCGCAAUGUUCCCAGAUAGCGAGAUUGCGAAGAGAUUCGCCUGUGGAGAGAGAAAGUGUGCGUACAUGUGUACAUUUGGGAUUGCUCCUCAUUUCAAAAAGCUGCUACUGUCAGAGGUGUCGAGCCAAACGACGUAUGUCAUGUUGUUCGACGAGAGCUUAAACCACCAUUUGCAGUCUAAACAAAUGGAUUUGCACGUAAGGUUAUGGGACGGAGCAGAGGUGAAGACAAAAUACAUCGGCUCGGAAUUCCUGGGGCAUUCCACUGCAAUCGAUCUUGUUGAGAAAAUUAGCAACGCGCUGGCCGAGACAGGUGUGAAGAACCUCAUCCAGCUGUCCAUGGACGGCCCUAAUGUUAAUUGGAAAGCGUUUUCCCUGCUUCAAAAAGAGAUGCAGAAGCAAGUGGACAGAUCGCUGCUGAACAUUGGCUCCUGCGGUUUGCACAUACUUCACAACUCAUUCAGAGAGGGAUGCAAGACUACUGGCUGGGACAUCGAGCACACCCUGUCAUCCCUUUACUGGUUAUUCCACGAUUGUCCGGCCCGCCACGAAGAUUUUGUCACAGCCACUGGAUGCAGCACUGUGAUGCUGAAAUUCUGUAAGCAUCGCUGGCUUGAAAACGUGACCGUGACUGACCGAGCUCUGAAGCUUUGGCCUUACGUCCAGAUCUACGUAGAGAGGGUACUUCGAGGCGAACUUCCGAAUCCAAAGACCAAAUCUUUUGAGACAGUGAAGAACAGUACCAAGGAUUGUCUGUUCAUCCCAAAAGUGAUGAUCUUCAACAGCAUCGCGAGAGAGAUCACCCCUUUCCUUACACUUUACCAGACGGAUAAGCCGAUGCUCCCCUUCCUCAGCGAGGAUAUGCUUCAGCUGAUGAAAGGACUAAUGGGGCGAUUCUGCAAUGACAAAUCUCUGAAGGAUGUUACAUCAGUCAUGAAGCUUCUGCAUAUCCCUUUCGAGGACAAAAGCCUGCAUAAGGAUACCAAUAAAACCAACCUGGGUUUCUCAGCGGAAGCCUGUCUUAACCAGCUGAGAUCAGACAAAAAGGUGUCGGAGAGGGAAGCACUGGAGCUGAAGAAAGAAUGUAAAACAUUCUUGAUUACCACACUCUCAAAGCUCCAGAGCAAGGCUCCUGUGAAUCAUCAGUUGGUGAGGAGCAUGCAGUGCCUUGACCCCAGGCGCAUGGCGUCAUCAAAAGAGGCGUGUCUGGUGCAAAUGAAAAGAAUGCUCCACCACCUUGUGGAGGCCAACCACAUUGAGGAGUCAAUAUGUGAUGAUGUUCUCCGUGAAUUCGCAAACUUCUGUGACUUCGCGGCCCUUCAAGCAACUUUCAGAGAAUUUGACCCCAAGACAGACAGAGUGGACACUCUGCUGUAUGAGACGAUGGGAACCAGCAAAUCCUUUGCCAAUGUGUGGCAUGUCGUCAAGAUGCUGCUUGUCCUAUCUCACGGGCAGGCCAGUGUUGAGAGAGGCUUCUCAAUUAACAAAGAGUUGGUGGUUGAAAACCAGAAGGAGGCCUCUUUGAUUGCUCAGAGACUGAUCGUUGGCCACGUCCGAUCUGUUGGUGGGGUUACAAAUGUGGCCAUCACUAAAGAGCUUUUGCUUUCUGUUGCUGGAGCCAGACAGCGAUACCACAGUUUCCUUGAUGACCAAAAGAGAGCCAGUGUGAAGGAAAUGGGUGCGCAAAAAAGAAAAGCUCUUGGAGAUGAGCUGGAUGAACUGAAAAAGAAAAGGAACAGAGUAAAGGAGGACAUUGGCGCGUUGGAAAAGUCAGCCAACAAUUUCGCUGACAAAGCUGAAUCCACAGGCAAUCUGACAUUUAUUGCCAAAUCGAACAGUUUGCGUCGCACUGCGAAGGACAAGAGGGCUUCCCUUGAAGAAAUUGAAAAGCAAAUCGACCAAAAGGUUGCUGAGAUGAAGGACAAAUAGUUCUGUUCAAUGCAUACAAGUGUGCAAGGGCUACGAGGUACCCCCCACUCACACACUGUCAACAUCACACUCAACAGCCAAACACCAGGCACCACAUGCGCACGCACACACAAACACAUACACAAUCAACAUGGCUUUCAACAGCCGAACACCAGGUACAAAACACAAAAACACACACUCACACAGAUACAGGUCUCUCACACACACCAUCAACAUGGCAUUCAACAGCAGAACACCAGGUACCACACACACACGCCCACACACACACAACAUAGCACUUCAACAUGGCACUUAACAGCAGAACAUCAUCUACCAUAAUCUCUCUCUCUCUCACACUCACACUCACACACACGCGCGUGCACAAUUGUAGAAUCGUACUGUGCCGUGUAGGUUUUAAGGAUUUGAUGGGAUUUUUUUGUUGUUUGAAACGCCUAGUUUGUAAUAGGUAGCCAUUUGUUAAUCUUGUGUUCUCUGAAUUUGGAUGUCUCCAUUAGUUUUUGCUUAAAUUUAUUGGAAAAGGAUGGACAUUUGACUUCAGAUUUUUUGCAGUCUAUUUUCAUUGUUGAUAUUCAGUGUAGGGCCCUGAUGACCUUGCUGCAUUUGAAUGUAAAUGUUGUUGAAGAAAUAAAUACACUUGUUCUCAAUGUUCUCUACACUUCAUUUCCGCAUUUACGAUAUCAUGAUAUCAUUUUAGGGGGUGCGUGUCUUAGUGCCGAUGUGCACUACGACAAUUAUGGUUAUGGAUAAUCUGUGAAAGGUUUUGGAAAAGUCAUGGAAAAGUUAUGGAAAAAAACUAGUGAAAAAGUGUAUGAACCCUGUUUAUUUGACUUUUAUUUUUUAAUGAAUACAGAGAAAAUAGCAAAAAACUAAUGUAGUAAAGACAGGCGGUAGAGAAAGAAUCCAAGGAAGCUAAAAAAGAAGUGUGGGAAGGCACAAACCAAGUAGAGAGUAAUAGAAAGAAGAGAUAACAUUUCCCCUAUGAAUAAAUGAGCCAUAUUUUAUUACACCAUGUGUCACAAUGUGCACGUUCUCACCUUCUCUUGCACUUGUUUUUCAUUCACGUCCUUCCUCCAUCUGUCACUUUUUCUCCUUGGUAAAUACUUACCUCGUUAGGAAAUUCAGCGUCAUAUCAUUCACAAUGAAUGCCAUGAGCACAGUUGAGUGGACAGUAAGCCCAUGAAUUUCCCAAAUACUAAGUAGUAUAACCAAUUACAGCUCAGAAUCUUUUUGUCGCAAAAGGGAAAAUAAGUCAAGUACCUACAAAGGUAACAUCAACAGAGUGAGAACAUAAGCCAUUUAACAGUU